CAUGGACAAAGCUCGAAUUCGAUAUUAAAUAAACAGUAACAUAAUCCGGUGUUAAUGUAAUGCGCACUAAAUAAAAGUCGGUGUUGGCGUUCAAACCAUUAUAACUGACACACUGCUUUUUAGAAAGAUGGCGUUUAAUUACUUCGCAAUUAGAUCAAUAUUUGUCGUAUUUGUACUCUCUGCUUUCCAAAGUAUAAAGACUGUGAACUGCAAUUCAGAAGAUACAUGCAAGGGGGUGCUAGACAAUUGCUGCAAGUACUGUGAUAAUCAGGGACAAGUUUUACAUAAAGAUGACGUUUGUAAAAGCAGAAACAGAAAAGCGACCUUCUUUGACGGCAAUAAUAUAAACCAGUACGGUAUUUUUUACGGGCCAUCGCCAUCAUUGAACACUUUAACAAUCUCUUUAUGGACUACCGUUUGGUAUGACGACUACUACAAAAACAAUGCCUUUGUAGCAAUGGUAUCGUAUGCAGAUAGUCAGACACAUAACGCCUUUGUUCUGAUUAUUCGCAACUCCUCUUUGGAUAUUUAUAUAGUUGGUGUCAAAAUUCAGACAGGAGUCAAUGACCUCCUUGAUGGAAAGCCACAUCAUUUGGCUGUUACUUGGGAAUCAUCCAGUGGACAAAUAAAUGUGUACAAGGACGGCAUGAUACGUAGUACUAAAGUUGGUGGAAAGAGUAAAAGUCUCAAAGCUGGUGGACAAUGGGUGAUAGGGCAAGAUCAAGAUUUUGUUGGAGGAGGAUUUGAAAAAAAUGAUGCUUUUAAAGGUGAAAUUGAUUUCGUGUACGUUUGGAACGAGAAACUUACGUCUAGAGAGAUUAAGUUUUUGGCAAAGAACUGCAAUUCAGAAUUGGAUGGGUAUAUUAUUGCCUAUGAUGAUUUCAAGUUUUCAAAAGCAACAAACCUCAGAAAACCAACAUGUGCAAAGACUUUCUGAAUAAAUUUAAAUUUAAAGACAAUGACAAAGCCAUAAUGAAAACAUGUCAAAAUUUCAAUUUAAAAAUUAGUUAGUAAUGAAGUGUUAAUUGCAAUUCAGAAUAAAUUUAGUGAACUCCAAUAUAAAAUAAUGAACACUAAAGCAUUCAUUGAAAUACCUGUUAUGACAGGCUCUCCAAUAAUUGCUUAUUGUUUCAUUGUUGAUUUAUUGAGUAUCACUUAGAAUAAUUUUCUCUGAGAAUGAUUUUCUAGAUUUUUCGUUCGAAAACGUAAGACGUAAGACUUUCUGGUUACAGCAGCUUACUAUGUCUACAUUCUAGUAGUUACCAUGUCUUUUUUUGUGAAAUGACCAUGUUUUUUUAAGUCAGUCAAAUGAUACACUGUUUUACCCAAAUUGAAAUUAAAUUUGCUGUUAAUUCUA